AUCGAGGAAGUAUUUUGAAAGUUCUUUUUGAUGAUGAAUAUGUUAUUGAAGAAACCUAUGUGACAGAGGAAGCUAAACCUGUCCCAUUAAUGAAGCUCUCAGAAACUUUACAGUCUCUGUAUCUUGCCUUUGAUGACCAAGUAAUACAAGUACCUAUGCAGUAUUGUGAAAGACAUACUAAUUGUUAUUCCUGUGUGACAGCCAGAGAUCCACACUGUUCAUGGGAUACAGAAAGCAGUACUUGUGUAACUGGAGGUGAUGAUAAGGGUAAAUUUCUACAAAAUGUGUCUUAUACUGGUGGAAGUGGAUGUGGAUGUCAAGAUGUUUCUAGAAUUGUUACAACAACAACAGUGACAGGUAAUGAAGGAAUGGCUGUCAUACUGCCAUUUAAAUUACCUGUUGACGUAAUGGUCAAGAAAGAAAACAAUGAUGUUAACAUUGAUAAUGCCAAAUACAUAUUAGUAAUUGGAGUCGGCUUGGUUAUUACUAAUUUAGAGCUCAGUGACUCUGCAACAUAUAAUUUUACAGCAAAAGCAGACGGCACACUCUUAGCUAGUUUUUAUCUCAUAGUGAAGACUAAUAAGUGUAUUGAAAACGUUGUAUCAUGUCAGAACAGAAAAGUUUUCUUAUUCUGCUGUGCACAUACCGAAUCCAAUUUUACAUGGUCACCGAUCGUUGAUGGUAGUCCCCUUACAGAAACGCACACAGAGUGUAAUAAUAAAAUCAGCUGGUUAUCAAUCAUUGUUACACCAGAUACCAAUACUACUUAUACUUGUAAAAUUACACCGCUAGAUGGCAGCAGCACUAAGAAUUACGAAGCAACAGUUACAUUACAAG